CCUGGCCCGGGGAAGACUCCACACACCUGGCCACUCCACGGACUUCAUUAAGGUGCGCCUGCGGGUAAAGGGCGGGCCGAGGAGUGGGAGUCUGGGCCAUGGAACCAACGGAGAAGCUCUGCAGGAAACCGCGGGGUCAGGAAGCUGGACGCAAGCCCGGGACUGCUGGGUUGGAGUCAGAGGGAGCACUGAAGGAUUCUGCCCCGCCUACUGAAGAUGACCAAGGCAAGCAGUCCUCAUUCCCCAGGGCUGGCUCAGGAAAGAGACCACUGUCAAAGACCUCUGGAGAGUUAACGGGUGCUAACACCUGCAGAGGGUACCAGGACAAAGACCCAGCACCGGCUGCAUGUAGUCCCCAGCCCAAGGAAGAAGUUUCUUCUCUCCCAGAGAGAAAGGUAAAGACAGCAAAGCCAUCCAUUUCUGCAGUCCUUGCCCCCGGUCUCCUCAAUACAUUGGCCAAGAGCAGCCAAGCGGGGGACCCAAAGAAGGAAUCCGUAGAAAUCACCUGUCCGUUUCGGAAAAAGACUCGAACCCUGUACCGCUCAGACCAGCUAGAGGAGCUGGAACGCAUAUUCCAGGAAGACCACUAUCCCGACAGUGACAAGCGUCACGAGAUUGCCCAGAUGGUGGGGGUCACCUCCCAACGCAUCAUGGUGUGGUUUCAGAACCGUAGGGCAAAGUGGCGAAAAGUGGAAAAACUGAGUGAGAAGGGGAACAGGGACGGCCCUGCAGCCCCCAGCACUGAGAGCAGCCAACCCAGGCCCGCACCUGAGCUACUAGCGCCUACGCCUGCAGACCUAGUCCCUGGCCCUGUCCCCCCAGAGCACAUUUUGGAUGGCUUUCCAGAGCACCCAAUGCUGCUGGCUUCUGACCAGACUCUGACCCCCUCUCAGCACAGUGAGGGUACUCAGAGGGUAGCGGUGACCCCACCACUCUUCAGCCCCCCACCGCUUCGAAGGAGCAGCCUUCCUCUUCACCCUAUCCAAGCCCCUCAAGUGAUGCCUCCACUGAGGGAUGUUUCUGGACGUGACAGCAUACAUCAGGACAGCCCCUGUGGGUCCUGGGGCACCAGCGCCACCUCACCACCCACCCGCUCAAAUCUGGGAGACCUGGGGCCCCAGGAUUACCAAGCGAGCAGCCAGUUGGGUUCAUUCCAGUUCUGCCAGGGUCCACAGACCCCUCUCUUCCCACCCUUCCAGCCCCAGUUUCCUUACCUGCCUCCCUUCCCUUUCCCCGUCCCAAGCUUUCUACCACCGGAAGACUCGCUCCUCCCCUUCCCUUUUGGCCUCAGUGGGGACAUGCCACAGGAUUAUUGCCCAGGACCCCCUCCAAGUCAGAUCUUGCUGCAGCCACACGUUGGAAAUAUGGGCCCAGGACCCUGGAGCGGCCAUUGUUUGCCAGAGCCUCCUUUCUCAGGUCCACUCUGUUCACAGACUCUGGGGCAACCCCUGGGGACAGAGGGCUACUUUCCAGACCUGCUUCCAGCUCCAUGUGCUCAGACUAUGAACAAGCAGCCUUCACUGGGACUCAAUGGGCUUCCUAAAGGCACUAGGUCAGAGACAGUGUCCUCUCUAAGCAAAAUGCCAGAGGAGCAAGUUUCCUCUUCCCUUGGGCAGCCCACACCAGAGGAGGCAAAAGACAAAACUAAGAAUAGCCACUAA